AAGAAGAAGAAGCGGAGCUGAAGGACCGACUGCCUCUAAAGAGAGAAGCCGUGACCCGCAGCGGGAUGUUCGGGCCGAACCGGUACCUGAGUGACGGCCGCCGGUGAGCAGCAGCGCGGCGUGGAGCCCUGAAGGUCCAGAGAUGCUGCGGCUCCCCCUGCUGGUGACGGCACAGCUGGACCUGCUGCUGCUCCUGGUGACCCUGCUGUCCCUGUGGACCCGACUGGGCGGUCUGGGCCACCCCGGCUCCGUGGUGUUCGAUGAAGUCUACUACGGCCCGUUUGUGUCUCUCUACAUGAAGGGGAAGUUCUUUGUCGACGACAGCGGCCCACCGCUUGGUCACAUGAUCCUGGCUCUGGGAGCUUACCUGGGAGGCUUCGACGGGAACUUUGUGUGGAGCCGGAUUGGAGCAGAGUUCCCCUGCGGUGUGAGCGUCUGGACCCUGCGGCUGCUGCCGGCGCUGGGCGGAGCCCUCUGCGUUCCUCUGGUCUACCUGCUGACGGUGGAGCUGGGAUUCUCCCACCUGUCGGCUCUGGGAGCGGCUCUGCUGCUGCUGCUGGAGAACUCGCUGAUCGUCCAAUCACGCUUCAUGCUCCUGGAGGCCCUCCUCAUCUUCUUCAUGCUGCUGGCCUUCUUCUCAUACCUGCGCUUCCACAACAGCCCCAGCAGGUCCUGGUCCAGGUUCUGCUGGCUCCUCCUGUCUGGGGUCUCCUGCUCGGCUGCCGUCGGGGUGAAGUACAUGGGCCUGUCCUCCUACCUGCUGCUCCUGGGCCUGGCCUCUGUGCACAGCUGGAGGCAGAUGGGGAACCGGGCCGUGGGUCAUGUGAGUGGCGCUCAGUCUGCUGUGAGCACGGAAGGUUCUGACCCGGUUCUGACUGCCUGUUCUGUGUCGCUGCAGCUCAGCGUGUUCAUCCACUGUGUGCUGAAGGUUCUGUGUCUGCUGGUGGUUCCGGUUCUACUCUACGUGUUCUGGUUCUACGUUCAUCUGAGCAUCCUCCAGCACAGCGGACCACAUGACCAGCUGAUGAGCUCCGCCUUCCAGGCCAGCCUGCAGGGCGGCCUCUCCAGGAUCACCAAGGGUCAGCCGUUGGAAGUGGCGUACGGCAGUCAGGUGACGUUAAGAAGCUCCGCCUCCCAGCCCCUCCCCUGCUGGCUCCACUCACAUAAAGCCAACUAUCCAAUCAGGUAUGAGGAUGGGCGGGGCAGCUCCCACCAGCAGCAGGUCACCUGUUAUCCCUUUAAAGAUGUCAACAACUGGUGGAUCAUCAAAGACCCGGGCAGACAGGAGCUGGUGGUGGACACUCCUCCCCGACCCGUCCGUCACGGUGAUGUCAUCCAGCUGGUUCAUGGGAUGACAUCCCGCCUCCUCAACAGUCAUGACGUAGCAGCUCCCAUGAGUCCUCAGGCUCAGGAGGUUUCUGGGUACAUCGACUUCAACGUCUCCAUGGCGGCUCAGAACCUGUGGAGGGUGGACAUCUACAACAGGGAGGCGGAGUCAGAGGUGUGGAAGACCAUCCGGUCUGAGGUCCGAUUGGUUCACGUUAACACAUCGGCGGUCCUCAAGCUCAGCGGCGUGGCUCUUCCAGACUGGGCUUUCCAUCAGCUGGAGGUCGUCGCAGAAAAACUGCAGAAGGGACACGGCAGCAGUUUGGCCUGGACCGUGGAGGAGCACCGAUACGGAACCAGUCAGGAGCAGAAGGAGCGGGAGGCGGAGCUUCACUCUCCGACGCACAUCAACGUGGACCGAAAGAUCUCCUUCUGGUCCAAGUUUAUAGAGCUUCAGUGGAAGAUGCUGACUGUGAAACAGGAAGAGUCUGAACACAAGUACAGCUCAUCCCCUUUGGAGUGGGUCACCAUGGAAACCAACAUCGCCUACUGGCUGCACGCCUCCACCAACGCUCAGAUCCAUCUGAUUGGUAAUCCAGUGUCGUGGGGCGUGGCCAAUCUCAGCCUGCUGGCCUAUCAGCUGCUGGCGAUGGUGUACAUGCUAAGGAGGAGGCGGGGAUUCAAAGACCUGCCUGAUGAGGUUUGGCAGCGGUUUGUGUGUUUGGGCUUCGUCUGCGUCGGCGGCUGGAUGAUGAACUUCCUCCCCUUCCUGCUGAUGGACAGGACUCUCUUCCUGUACCACUACCUGCCCGCUCUGUGCUACCUGCACCUGCUAAGCCCCGCCCUCCUGGAGCACGUGCACACUCACCUGCUCAGCAGCAGGACGCUUCGCCGUGGACUCGGUUUGUGUGCGUCCGCCGUCCUCGUGUCCAUCUUCCUGUCCUACUGGUACCUCUGUCCUCUGACCUACGGCUGCCCCGAGCUGUCAGCCAAUCAGCUGCUGGCGCUCAAGUGGAGAGACAGCUGGGACAUCCUGUACCGCCGGCGCUGAGGCGCACUGAGACACUGAAGCUGUUCUUUACCACCUGAUGAGCAGCUCCUGAAUGCACCAUCAGCCCUGCUCUCAUCAUGUGACCCGAUGAUGUCACUGAAACCAACUGAAGCUUUUACUUUGAAAGAGACCCAGCUGAUUGAAGCUCCGCCCUCUUUAGGGAGAACAGAGGCAUCAUGAACCAACUACAUACUGCUAACCAGUUUACCUGACUAGUUAAUAGUCUAUUUAACCUUAUGGAAUCAUCUGGCAGCAGGAAUGAAAAGUUUAGCCUUUUCAGACGGAGAUUAGCGGAGAUAAACGGAGAUAAACGGAGAUUAGCGGAGAUUAGCGGAGAUAAACGGAGAUAAACGGAGAUUAGCGGAGAUAAACGGAGAUUAGCGGAGAUAAACGGAGAUAAACGGAGAUAAACGGAGAUUAGCGGAGAUAAACGGAGAUAGACGGAGAUAGACGGAGAUUAGCGGAGAUAAACGGAGAUUAGCGGAGAUAAACGGAGAUAAACGGAGAUUAGCGGAGCGUCUGAUCGUCUAACAGGAAGCUGCUCUCAUCAGUCCUUAGAAAACAUCAAACAGACGUGUUUAUGGUGGUUUUUUUUUAAGGUCUUAUUAUUUAACCAGAUGUUGAAUCAAACAGAAGGAGUGAAAUGAAUGAACUAACCUGUACCUGCAGGGCGGCGCUGAUGAUCUCCGCUGAGAUUAAACUGGAUUUUCCUUCCAGUUGUGAUCUGACUGCUAUAUUUCUACAUUUUGGGAGUAAAUGGACGUGCAGCUUUGUUUCUAGAUGUUGGAGCUCGGCCUGCUGCUCAGUGUGCUCUCUAAAGUGACUGACAGGUCGAUCCACAUAUCAGGCAUUAGAUUGGCCGUGGGUCAGUGAGGCCCCGCCCCCGGGCAUCAGGAAGGUCAGCUCUGGCGGUAAAUGUUUCCACUCUGCUUCAUUCUUUCCAUCAGGAGCUGGUGGGGCUGCCUCUGCUCUAAAUGCACCCAGCUUCUAUGGUCCCAGUCCAUCACUUCCAGUGCUCCCAGUUCAAUGAGCUCCGAGACCAUUGAGGGAUGGAAAGGGUUAAUUCCAUGAUAUCUGUGGCAGAGAUUGAAUAUAAAUCAUCAGCAUGAUAGAAGGAGCUGGAAGGUUCCAGAGGACCCACUGCACCGGUUAGCAGGCUAUAGAAUAUGCAAACUAGAAAAGCCAUCCAACAGGUUCAGAUGGUGCGGCUUCGCUUCUGAACCCAGUUAAACUUUGUGUUUAUCGUUUUACUAACUUUGCAUUUAUCUCAUCCAGUUUGGGUUCAGUUUAGUUUUUAAUCUGAAUAAAAGUGUCUAAUUUAACUAAAAGGUCAUUUUAGAAUUAGUUUAGUUCUUUUAAAGGAUUGUGACGCGUCACAGAUUAUUGUAAUAUUAUCUCUGACUCCUGAUUAAAAUUAGAUCUACGGAGCUUCCUGUUCAUUCUGACAGCAGAACUGUGGUCUGAUCCAAGAUGGCCGCCCUACAGGCCUCGCUCAUUUAUUUAAUUAUAAACCGUCAUGUACAGCAGGCAGGGUGUCUGCAUCAGAUGUAUAUAAACCAGGAGGAGACGCCUCCAUCUUUACAGGACAACAAAUAAAAACUACAAAAAUAAAAAUAUAAAAUCACACAUUAGGGGCGUCUCAUCAGAUUAUAUCGCUCUGCAUCUUCUUCUUUGUUCAUGAAGUUUAGAGAUAAGAGUUUCAUGUGAAAAAUGGAGAAAGAUGGUUUGACUUUUAGAAAUUAAAAACUUGCCCAUGAUUAUUAUUAUAUUUAGUCUUUUAAUUUUCCUUUAUUUUCUCCUAAAAAUAAAAUCUUUCUUAGAGAAUUCAGGUAAGUUUUUAAUUCUGGGGAAAAGUCAGUCGUUGCUCAUCAUCCCAUAAAGCUUUGCAAUAGAAAACAAUCAGUCAAUUCAAAAUCACAAAAUGAUCUAACUUUUGAGUAAUUUAGUUUAUUAUCUGUGAUAGUUUGCUCAUUGAUCAGACGUCCAGGCAGAGCAGAGCUUCUGUCAACAGGAUUCUCAUUAAAACUUCAGCUCUGCAUCAAAUAUUUGGAGGGAUAACUCUAAUAAUCUUUUAAAAUUCACCUUUCUGCAAAUAUAUUUAAUUCUGAAGUUUUCAUAAGACAUAAUCCCUCCAUUAUUGAACAAAUGCAUCACAGACCAAACACCUUGUUCUAGUCAUUUACCUGCAAAGAUUGAUUUAUUCACUUUUAUGUUACAGCAAGUUUUAUCUGAGCUGUAGUUAUGUUUAUAAACUCCAAUAUAAUAAAACCUGCUGGUGAAAGAAGGAAAGUUUAACGAGUCACAUCUAAGGAGCAAACUAACUCCACCCAGGUUAGAAAAUAUUUUACUUGGAAUAUGGAACCAUAAUUGAUUUAUUAUCAUUAAAAAAGACGGAAGCCAAUUAAUUUUUAAGUUCCAAUCAUGCUGUCAAAUUAGCUGGUAGUUCUCCAUCGUCAAAUUGUUUAA